UUUGAUAAAAUAUAACUAUAAUAUAUGCAAUAUAAAUUUGUGGGAACUAUGAUACUAAGACUGGGUGGUGUAGUGUUGUCAUGGUGCAGACGACACACACCAGCUGACGGUGUAAACACUGGCGGCAGCUGAGUGUAUCGACCUAACUGCUUCAGAGAUAACACUGGAUUAAAUGCAAGACAACUGGAAACAAAUAUAUGAGCCCUGUUAAUGUGUUUUAGUCCUUGUUUGAAAUAAAAGUUCUUGUUUCCUGAAAUUUAGUGAAUGGAAACCCAAAGGGAACAAACUUCAGGAACUUUUCUUCGUGGUGCAGCUGCUUUUAUAGUUUGUGCAAUAGCUUUCUUUAUUGCAACAUAUGGUUUUCAUCCAGAGAUGUCUGUGAGUCCUGUUACAAGAAUGGCUUCUCGCAAUUGUUUCCUCUACUUCGCGUAUGGCUCUAACCUUCUUAAGGAACGUAUCCACAUCAACAAUCCUUCUGCAAAGAUGAUCGAUAUCGGCAAGCUCUGGGGCUAUCGGUUGGACUUUAAUUAUUUUAGUCAGCGUUGGCAGGGAUCUGCAGCCACUAUUGUAGAAGAUCCAGGCAACCACUUGUAUGGUGUGCUCUGGGAAAUUGGCAAUGAAGACAUGGCUAAGUUGGACAUGUAAGUAAACUGACAAUUGAAAGAACAACAAUGUCCUUAACACAGAUUUCUCCACUGGACUGUUAUCUGUGGUAUAGGGUUCAAAUGUAGAAAUGUUUUAAUUAAUACACUAUAUACAGUACAGUACAGCCACAAACUUAACUGCACACUUGAUCAUUAGUAACGGGUUUGUAUCUAACUCUGUGAUUCAUGAUUUAGACUGUAGAGGACAAUAUGUUUCCUAGUGUGUACCAUAUACAGUAUUGGUUUAUAGCAAAGCUAUUAUAUUAACAGCUAUUUAUUGCUUACUGAGUUAAAUCUUCUCAGCCAUGCCCUAAUAUUAUUUACCUUUCCUUUACCAGCCCUCUGUAUCUCAUUUGUGUCUGUGUUUGUGUGUGCACAUGCUUGUUUGCCUGCACACAAGUGAUAUAUAUCUAUGCAGAAUUACCAGUACUUGUUCAGCAGCUAGUUUGCACAUAGAUAGCAAAAAAAAAUAAAGAGAUACUGUAUAUGUCAAGGUAAUACCACCUCACCUUUACGCUUAUGAUUGUGUGUCAAUUCAACCCAGGACUUUUCUAUUCCAUGUGACCAAUCUUGUAAUAUUGAUGACAUUGCACACUUGUCUUUCUCGGCAAGUAUGGAAUUCUGAAGGCCCCAAGAAGAGCUCAUUGACAUGCUCCCCCUCACUGGUCAAAUGAGGGAUAAAGAUAUUUUUUCAUCAAUUAUUAUAUCACUUGUUCAAAAACAAAUGAAAUACAAA